AUGCCCAGCGUGGCGCCGGCCGGCGCACGCGCGCGCGGCGCGGACGCCUUCUCCGAUUUGCGCGACGAUCCUCAGACGGCGGCGCUCGCCGUGCUGGACCGCGAGCCAAACGUCCACGGAGCUGGACGAGUGCUGGUCGUGGCGUGCGUGAUGGCCGCCCAGGGAUGCUUCUUGGGCAGCUUGUGGGAAGAAGCGUUAGAGCGACCCAUCUCUUAUCAGCUUCUCUGUGGACCUGGCGUGCACUUCGUGGCAUCGAUGGUUUUCAUUGGAUUGAUGCAAAUGGAGUUGUGGCAAUGUGGACACCUCUUCCUCGCCGUGAGCAGCAGUCGAUGCAAAUGCACGGCUUUUCUCUUCUUGUUGGUUCCGAAGCUGGGCCUCGCGUGCGCGGAGAUGCUGAUGGGUUUGCCCUUCCUUUGGCGUGCCCAAGGGGCCUCGGAGUUGGUCUUGAACCUGCUCCUGUUGACCUUCGUGGCGCGCCUCGAUGACCAUGUGCUGAAUGCGGGCGUCUUUAAACCGGAUCCGGCGAUUGGGAGUGCCUUCCUGGAUCAAGUGACGAAGGAGAAGAGGAGCAGCCGGAGAUAUUGCAAUGGCUUUAUGACUCUGCUUGGCUGCACUCUCUUCAUUCCCUCUCUAGUGAGCUUGUACAAUGUGUGCUCCUAA